GGGAGCGACCGAUGGCUUCGGUUCAGCAUCCAAAGAGGAGGGAGGGGCGCUCCAGCUGAGCCACACAUCACACGGACAUGAGCGCGCUCAGUCUGCAGAGCCGCCGGCGAACAGCGUCCGCCUCCCUGCCACCAGGAGUGGAGUCCAGACCGCGGCGCCUCUUGGUGCGUCGGAGCGCAGCCUGAACAGCGGCGUCCUGCUGCUGAAGCUGCAGCUUCUGCAGGCGACCCGGGAAACGCGGCCGAACCGCAGCAGCCGGGACCGGAUCUGGCACCUGGAGCCGGCGUCACCGAGGAUCUGGGAGUCCUGCUGGGAGGUGAUGAGUCCUGAGGAGGUCCUGGGGCGCGAGAGGCGCCGCCGGCUCAGGACGCCUCCUGCUGCCUCCCCCUAACAUGCAGGUUCUGCAGAUGGUGAAGGAGCUGGUGUCUCCAUCCCGGCACCGGGCCGCAGCCCGCUUUGGAGCUUCUGAUACGGAGCAGGAUGCAGCGGUGAGACUGGACCAGGAGCGGGCGGAUAUCGUCGCCAAAUAUGACAAGGGAAAAGAGGCCGUCGUGGAGCCCUGGGAGGACACCAACUUCCACCUUUACAAAGUCAUCGACCGCUUUGGAUUUGUCCAUGAGAGUGAACUUCCGUCCUACGACUCGCUGGAGGCCAAGCAAAAACACCUGGAGGUGGAGAGGACCGGCAAGUGGCUGAAGAUGAUAAAGAGCUGGGACAAAUACAAGAACAGCGACAAGCUGUUCCGGAGGAUCUAUAAGGGCGUUCCUCUGCAGCUCCGAGGGGAGGUAUGGGGUUUGCUGCUCGACAUUCCCAAAAUCAAAGAGGAGAAGAAAGACUUCUAUGAGAAGCUGAAGGCCCGAGCCAGAGCUCUGUCCCCUGACGUCCGGCAGAUCGACCUGGACGUGAACAGGACCUACCGGGACCACAUCAUGUUCAUGCAUCGCUACGACGUCAAGCAGCAGGCACUCUUCCAUGUCCUGACGGCCUACUCCAUGUACAACACGGAGGUCGGAUACUGCCAGGGCAUGAGUCAGAUCACAGCUCUGCUGCUCAUCUACAUGAACGAGGAGGACGCCUUCUGGGCUCUGGUCAAACUGCUGUCUGGACACAAACACGCCAUGCACGGCUUCUUCAUCCCUGGUUUCCCUAAGUUGAUGCGUUUCCAGGAACACCACGACCGGAUCCUGAAGAAGACGAUGCCCAAACUGAAACAACAUCUGGACAACCAGGAGGUGUUCACCAGUCUGUACACUAUGAAGUGGUUCUUCCAGUGCUUCCUGGACAGAACGCCCUUCACCCUCACCCUCAGGAUCUGGGACAUCUACAUCUUGGAGGGGGAGCGCGUGCUGCCUGCCAUGUCCUACACCAUCCUCAAGCUGCAUAAGAAGCACCUGAUGAAGCUGUCCAUGGAGGAGCUGGUUGAGUUCCUUCAGGUCACGCUGGCCAAAGAUUUCUUCUUCGAGGACGACUUUGUGAUCGAGCAGCUUCAGGCGUCCAUGACGGAGCUCCGCAGGGCCAAGCUGGAGCUGCCGCCGCCAGGUAAAGAUGACGAGUUUCCUAAGAAGCCGCUGGGGCAGCUUCCUCCAGAGGUCGCAGCGCCUGUACCGAACCACGUAGGCAACGGUCAAAGCCACGCCAAGCCCGUCGAGCCGCCAAGAGACUCCGGAACUGGACCAGAGCGGCCGCAGGAGAGCCUGCCCCAAAGUCGGGCCCGCAGGGACUCCACGGAGAGGCCGCACCGACACCACCGGAUGGAAAAAGGGGACGGCCACAUCAGGAGGUCCAAUGAGGCUCUGAGUGAGCAACAGAAACCGUCCGCCUCCACCACCCCAGAGAGAGGGCCAGCUCCUCCAUCAACACCCCAGUUCACCUCGGUGGACAGCCGCAGUCCUCACGCCGCCACCAACCACAACUCAAACCCCGCCUCCGGUUCACGCCAGAUCUUCGGCCCCCGGUGGGUCAAACCCUCCGAGACCAAGCUAGAAGCUGCGAAGGCGGCGGCGGCGACGCAGCACAGCCGAGGGCCGUCGCCAGCUCCUUCCAGUCCAAACGACGGCGUCCAAACUCAGCGGCGUCCUCGCUCCAAGGGAUUCCUCCCGGGUGUUGACCGAGGCUCCAAUGCCUCCCAGUAUGACAAUGUUCCAGGACUCCCAGAACCCGACUUUGAGAUUCUGGAGCUGGAGAAGCCUCCAUCCAGAAUGAGGCCCCCCCACCAGGGCAGCCCGGCUCACGGACCAAGCCAUGGCGGCAACAUGGUCUCCCCUGGUCCCAGGAUGGCCAAGCAUGUUCAGCCCCCCCACGCCUCCCACCUGGGGCCACCGGCCGGCUACUCGGGGGCGCAGGGUCGGUUCAACGCCCCACCGCAGCAGCUGUCUCCAAGAAGAACUACGACUGAGGUUCCCAUCCUCCACCCAGGCUACAGCGUGAGCCUGGACCCCAGAGGGGAGGGCCCGCACUAUGAACCCCCCAGGGUUAAUUCCCCCCCCAGCACGCCGUACAGGGAGCUGUCCUAUGCAACCACCCACCGCCAGCGCAGCAACCACUCCCCUGAGAAAGUGCUGCUAAAUAACUCGUUCGCCACGUACCGCAGGCCGCCCCCCGCCGGGUCCACCCGACCCCCCCCAGACUCCACCCCCCUCUACCUGCAGCAGCUGACGUCCGCCACACAGAUCCAAACGUCCCUGGACUACUAUCAGACAGGUGAGGUAAACGCCCCCUACCUGCGAGGAGGCCGGCCUCAGCCGAUCGUAGACGGCCUCCAGUGGGAGCUGGAGGAAGAGCGCCCCCUUCAGUCCCCCGGGGGGAUGCAUCGCUCCCCCAGCUUCCAACAAGCCCAGAUGUCUCCUAUUCACGACUUCCCCUUCCCCCCCCACGCCGAGGCUCUGCCUCACUACAGGACGCAGUUCCAGGAGGGGCAGCAGCUCCCCCAGCUGUUUGGUGGACCACACUACAGGCAUGCGCAGGAGGCUUUCGCCAUGCAGGAGUCCAUGCUGCUGUGAUGCAACGCUGACACUGGAACACGCCGAGGCGUAGUCACCGACACUGUGCUAGAGACGAGCAGAACCGGAACCGGGUUCUGCUCGUGUGAAGCUCUGAACUUUAAAAGACACAGCAGCCUCUGAGGUUUCUACUGAUCGCUUUAAAAAAAACUGACUGAAGAUGUAAUUUUAUUUUUGGAUGUAAUUCAUGAACAGAGGUUACAGUUUGAAUAUAUAAACAGUU